UUAUAAACAGAUUUCUUGUGGAAAUAUCAUCAUUCAUAGUUUGUUCAUCAUAUUCAUUCAUACUUAAAUAAAAAAAUUAUAAAAUAAAAAAAUGAGUGUAAUUGGUCGUGUAUUUUCAAAUUUUCGUGAUUUUUAUAAUGAAAUUAAUGCAGCUACAUUAACUGGUGCUAUUGAUGUUAUUGUUGUGGAACAACCUGAUGGAACAUUUACAUGUUCACCAUUCCAUGUACGAUUUGGAAAAUUGGGAGUUUUACGUAGUCGUGAGAAAGUGGUUGAUAUUGAAAUAAAUGGACAACCUCAAGAUAUUCAUAUGAAACUAGGUGAUAGCGGUGAAGCAUUUUUUGUAGAAGAAACAGAUGAAUCAGAAGAUGUACCUGAUCCAUGGGCAACAUCCCCAAUACCAAUGUCAGAAUUGGAAGAGUUGUAUACAGCAGCCACUGCUGAUAAACCACGUCGUAAAAGUAUUGAUCUAGGUGUUAACAAAACUGAUUUACUUGAUUGUAAGAUAGAAAAUGAAGUCAACGACUACUCACAACGUCGUAAUACUGGAGGCAACGAACGUGAUUAUACAACACAGAAGCGUGAAUUCUUAUCACGACAAAUUGGUCUUGGUAAUAUUCCACAAGUUGAACAAUCUCUAGAGGAUAUUUCAACAUUAACAAGCUCAAAUAUUUCCAUCAAUAUCAGUGAUUCCACUAAAGAUGAUGAUCAUAUUUUCCAAAUGGAUAAUAUAAAUGAUCCAAUACCUGAGCCAAUUCCAUCGCCUGCACCAAAACCAGUUGACGUGGAGCCAACAAUACAACCAAAAAUAUUUUCUGCAGAAACAGUAAAUGCUGAUCAAGUUUUAGUUAAUAAAUUUUCACCAAUCAAGACUGUGGAAAUAAAUCAUACCACAAACGUUGCCAUUAAAAAUGAUUUAGAUUUACCAAUUGAAAAAACUGAACCAGAAACUAAAAAUGGGAAAAAACGACGCAGGAAAAAAUCUGUAAUGAAAAAGAAAAAUUCACAACGUAAAACAGCUGUCAUUGAAAAUAAUACUAUAAAUAGUGUUGAAUCCAAAGAUGUCAACAGCGUUCCUAGUACGGUUAUUGAAACUAGUGAGACUAAAAUGUCUGAUUCAUCGACUGAUAAAAGUAUAUUAGGUACUGAUGAAUCUGAAGAUGUGGGAAUUGAUUCGGAAACAACACCGACUACACGACCAUUAAAUCGUGAUCCUGAUUUCCAUUUCUUCAGUGAUACUGAACUUACGACUGCUAAUAGUGCCAAUGCAUCCAGACCAAGUACACCAGUUCAAUCUGAUACUGAAUUUGAAUUCUCACAACGCAAGGCUGAAAAUGAAAAAGUUGGACAAAGUUGGGCUUGGGGACAAUUACCAAGUACUGCACAAAAUGAGGGAUUAGGAAAAGAAGAUAGUCAAGAUCAAAAUGCCGAACGUAAUUCAAUGUUAAGUGGAAUGUUUAGCUUUAUGAAACAAAGUAAGCGUAUGCGUCAUUCUAAAGAUUCAGAAGGAAUAUAUUUGGCUGAUUUAAGUUCAGGAAAUCUUGAUCCAGAAGUAACCGCAUUAUAUUUCCCCAGAAAACACAGUAAACAAACAGAACAUGACAAUGACUGUGAAUCUGGUAAUGGACCUUCACUACCUCAAAGUCCUAAUAGUGUUGAAGGGGCCAAAUCAAUUGACUCAGAUUUCGAUGAUGCAACCAAAGAAAAUCAACAUAAAUACUUUCAAGAUAUCUCACUAUCGCUAUGUGGUUGGCAAAAUCCUCCAACUCCAGAUAUAUUUCUUCGUCACAUUAUUCCAUUUUCUGAUUUAUGUAAUAAUCCAAGUUUACUGGAAUCAGUUGAUUUAGUUGUUCGCAUUAAUGGAAAAUAUUACAAUUGGAAAACUGCCAUUCCAAUUAUAAUUAGUGUUUUAAUUUAUCAACGUCCAUUACCGCAGUCAACUAUUGAACAAUUAUGUAAUCUUCAUAUGCCCGAAUCAAGUAUGGAGGAUAAAUCCAAGCCAGAAGUUCGAAGUUAUUCAUGGUGGAAUUGGAGACGUAGUAAGAGCUCUGUAGAUGCCACUACUGGUCAACUUUCAAUGGAUAGUCCAUCAGUUCAUAAAUCUGAAACAAAAUUAGAAUUGGAAUUGCAAGGCGAUAAUCAAACAAUGGAUGAAACAACACCAAAAAUAGAAAUUCAAAAUGAAAAUGAUCCCACGAAGCAAGAACAUGAAAAGUCUGUAAAGAUAAAUGAAAAUAUUGACGAUAAAAAUACAAAAUUAUCACAUAGUAAUCAACAGAGUAUGGAAGAAGCAGGUGGAUAUAGUGGUUCACAAAGUUCUGAAGAUAGUGAUCAAGUUACUCGUGGUCGUGAUAUUCCAAAUAUGAAACAAAAACGUUCUGAUAGUGAAGAAAAGUAUAGAAAAACUUUAAGAUUAUCAUCUGAUCAAAUUAAAAGUUUAGAUCUAAACGAAGGAGUAAAUGAAGUUGAAUUUAGUGUGACUACCGCAUAUCAAGGUACUACACGAUGUACGUGCCAUAUUUAUAGAUGGAGAUACGAUGAUAAAAUUGUGAUAUCUGAUAUUGACGGAACUAUUACUAAGUCAGAUGUAUUGGGACAUAUACUACCAAUUGUAGGAAAAGACUGGGCUCAAAAUGGUGUUGCUCAACUAUUUACUAAAAUUAAAAAUAAUGGCUAUAAACUAUUGUAUUUAAGUGCACGAGCUAUUGGUCAAGCCAAAGUUACACGAGAAUAUUUACGAUCAAUAAAACAGGGCGACUUAUCGUUACCAGAUGGACCAAUAUUAUUAAAUCCGACUUCGUUGAUGAGUGCUUUCCAUAGAGAAGUGAUUGAGAAGAAACCCGAAUUAUUUAAAAUACAAUGUUUGAGUGAUAUUAGAGCAUUAUUCCCUGAUACUAAUCCAUUCUAUGCUGGAUAUGGAAAUCGAAUUAAUGAUGUUUGGGCUUAUCGUGCAGUUGGAAUACCAAUAGUUAGGAUUUUUACAAUUAACCAUAAAGGAGAAUUAAAACAUGAACUUACGAAAACUUUCCAAUCAAGCUAUUCCAACAUGAGUUACAUUGUGGAUCAAUUGUUUCCACCAUUAUUAGAAGAUGCAAGUGAUUAUUCACAAUUUGUUUAUUGGCGGGAACCAGUACCAAUUGUUGACGAUGUUUUACCAGAAUUGAAAUAAAUAUAUAAUACUUUAACACAAAAAAUAUUUAAAAACAUUUAAAUAAUCACUUGAGAUAUUAAUUAUUAUUAUUAAUUAGCAAACUAUAGUCAUUUAAAAAGCUUAAAGCUAUUUUCUUAUAUUCCAAUUAUGAAUACAAAGCAUAAAACUUAUUUAUUUUACAAUAUUAAAAAAAAACUUUUGUCGGUAACUAAAUUCAAACGCUUUUCGCUCAAAAAUUUAAAAAAAAAUUUGUAUAAUUUUAAAACAUAUAACGAAAAAAAACAACAUACAGAAUUAUGACGUAUUAAGCAUGAAAAUUGGUUUUAAAUAAGACUGAUAGAUAAAAAAUUAGAAAAGGGUUGAAAUGUCCUAGAAUAGGAAAAUUGAAUUUUUGUAAGGCUCGUCAAUUUUCAAACUCAAUACAUAGUCUAUUCUGUAUAUUUUUGAGUUCACAUAAAAAUUUAAAAUCUUUAAAGCUCUAAGCGUUUGAUACCUUUCAAUUAACUAAUUUAAUAGUUGGUGUCAUUUUAUCAAAACAAAAACAAUAUUAUUGCUUUGACUUUCUAAUGGUUUUUUUGAAGUUGAAAAAAUCAUAUAACUUGAUUCUUUGACAUAUGACAUAUAUUUAAGCUUUAGUUAAAGUCAAAAGUGUUUAUAUUCAUACAAGAAGCAAUUUAAAUGUGUCAGCUUUUUAUUAGAUGCUUUAGAAAAAAUACUGAUCAUUAAAAUAAAAACGAUAUUAAUAAUAUUACAUUACAAAAAUCAGCACUAUCAUGGGUUACCAUUCAACAAAAUUCAUCAUUAAUCAGCAUAUACUUAAAAACGUUUGAUAAAAAUGAUAUUGAAAAAAGCUUUUUAGAUUACUUUUACAAAUUCUUUCUUUACAAUUUAUUUUCAGAGUUUCGAAGAGUUUAUUUUAAUAACACGUACCCCAGCGGAAUUAUUUCUUAACGGAACCAUUUAUUCUGAAUAUAUACCCAAGUAAACUCAAACUUACGAGGUAAAUAUACCCCAGUAAAUAUCGUGUAAAUAGCGCGUAUUAUAAUUUUGAAUGAGUAGAAUGUGAUUGUUGAUAAACUGGGAGUUGCAAUCGCACCAACUGGCGAUAAUAAUUUGUAGUUAUUACAAAAGAGAAAGGGUCCGUUAUCAGUAGUUCCAAUUUAGACUACCAGAUGGCAAUACCUGAACUGACCAUUUUGAAAGGCCAAUAUAAAUAUUCAAAUUCAAAUCAGAUAAAUCACGCCAAUUAGCGUUAAUAAUUCGUACUAAUUUAAACAGGUAGUGGAACGUUUUUCAUUAGUUCCAAUUUAGACUACCAGGUCACUUGCCAUUUAUCAAUAGUGAUUAAUUUGAAUCUGUUAAAUAUGAUUUGUGGCCGUGUGAAGAAAAUAUAAGGAGAGUAUUUACAUAAUAUAAAUGCAAAUUGUAUUUAAAAAUGACACAAUUAAAAUCUAGAUAAUGAAUUCAAUAUUAUAAACUUAGAAAAUGAAUAAUACUUAUCAAGGUUUAUUGAAGCGUUGGAGUUGUUAGACAUACAAUUUUAAGGAUAAGGUCGUCUGGUCCUGACACUAUACAAAGAUGUUGGUAUGCAGGCUGUACAAGUGAUAAGAGAAGGUUUCAUGUGGGUUGAAUGCACUGGGCAUAUAUUUUCUGGUGAUUUAUGUUGUAUAUACUAUUUUUAUUCUGCAUAAUCAUAAUAACUGAUUCCGUUAGGACUGUGUUAAUUUAAUUUAAUAAUUUUUAAGUGUGAUGAAAUCUAAAUAUAUGGUAAAAAAGGAAACAAUAUGGUAUCGACAAAAAAAAAAGGUUGAUGAUAGACGAAAUUAAAAUACUGAAUAGAAUAUUUGGUUGUUGAUACUAGUCCUAUAAAUAUUAAAACAUAUUUUUAUAAGCUCUUUUUUAUUUCUAAGUAACCACAUUUAGAAAAUUUACUAAUGGUUUUUAGUUUAUUAAAUAUACUAAAACUAAAAUGAAUUCAGAGUAGAUCUAUUUCUUGUUUUAAAAUAAAUAAAGACUGAACUUAGCUACAAUACUUAAUGCAUAUUAAAAUUUUACCGUAAUUUUUAACAUAAAACUUUUAUUUCAAGUAAAUGAAACGGAAUGAAUAUUACAUUACAUAAUAUUACAGAGCGUUAUUGACUUAAUAAUACUGAUUUUACUUUGGCUUACUGGCGCAAUUUACUUGUGGGUAUUUCGUAACUUAGCAUGUUAUGACAGUGGUUAUAAUAAAGCAAUGUUGAAGUGUUGAGAGAUUUGUAGAUAUUGAAUUUUUUUAAAUAUUCAACUGGAAUAUAAUCGGACUUUGGUAAAUCAGGGUUCUUAUGAAACAGGAGCUUAUUUCGUUUAUAGAUAUUUAGCUUGCAUUUCAAUCUCAAUUUUAGAGAUGAAGCAGACUCAAUUUUAGAGAUGGACACAUGAAAAAAGGUCCUCUCAUAUAGGGAUUUCUGUUCUUCACUUACCUGGAAAUUCAUCUCAUUCAGAGAAUUUUCUCAUUUAUUCAGGUUCGACUAUAUCGUUAUCAACACGUAAUACCAUAAAUAAAAAAAGAACCAUCAAAUUUUGGCUGAAAUUUCAAGACAGAGAAAGAUAUGUUCAGAUAACCGAUACGAGAAAAAUAAAAUAAUUUAGAUUAGCCAAUUUUCCAAGAAUUACAAUUUCAAAAACAGUCUAAAUUAUUUAUUUUGAUCACAGAUCUUAUAUAAAUAUGUUCUUUGCGUGUAAGUCGCCAUGCUAUUGGAUCACAACGUUGUCUCCGUCUGUCUCUUAAAUUAUGUUACCGGUCUGUAUGUUUAAUUUAAGUUCAUAAUUUUAAAUUCAUCCAUUAUUCGAUUGUAUAUUUUAUAAAAGCUAUUAAGAAGAAUGGUUAUAUUAAACCGUUUCUGUCUUGUAGUUUGGCCUAGAAAUUAGAGGUGUCUGUUCCCUCUUGUUUAUAAACUAAAAGUGUCCCAUUUUGGGCUAUCGCCGAUAUUUCACUAUAGAAAUCCUCAAUCAAAAAAUAAACAUCUCGAAUGUUGUUAAGUGUCAUUUAAAAAUUUUAAAUUCAAUUAAUAUUAACUUUUGAGAAACGUAUAAUCACUUUAAACUGCAAGAUGGUUCUUUAUGAAAAAAGUAAAUAAUUUAUAUAGAAAUAUUUUUUUAACUGAAUUAUUUGGCAAAAUUCAAAUUAAAGUUUUCCUGUUACUCUUACUAUUAUUAGGAAUUAAAUGCAAAAAUAUAUUUCCAUAUUAACUUGAUACCCACCCACUUCCCUGAGCUUAAAAUUAAAAACCACCGCUUUUUAGCCUCCACCUCUCUUGAUCUCAAUUAUCCCCCUUCCAUAACUAGUUUUAUGAGUAUACCUACCUACAAAUUAAUAUCAAAAAUAAGAUAUUAACUCAAGUUACGAUAGAAAGCUAGUAUGUAUUGAUUUCAAAUAUUUCAGCCAUAUAAUUUCCCAAAAAUCUAAAAAAAUAACUGAUUAUAGAGAAACCAAACAGCUUUAGAUUAACUUAAAAAUGCUGAAGAUGACUUUGAUGAAUUUUAACCACCAUAUUAAUGUUUUUGUUUAUAACUUAUAA